AUGCACCUCUUCAACGGCGGCCGCGCCGCGCUGCUGGCACUCUACUUAACCCUCACCGUCGCCCUCGCCGCCAUCCCCAGCAGCAAACGCUUCGACCUCUCAAAACCCUCAUACAACCUCUUCCGCAGCAAAAGCCUCCACGAGAACCGCCUGCGCGACGGCACAGGCGCCACGUCCGGCGACCUCUGCAUAACCCAGCUCGACUUCUCCGGCAAGUAUCUGGGCUACAUGCACCUGAACGGCUUCGGGCACGGUGUCACCUUCGGCGCGCAGGGCACGCGCGACGGCGCGACGUACCUGUGGACCGAAGUCGAGGCCAACGGCAACGGCGAGCACACGGCCUUCAUCGACCAGCUGGCCAACCGGCUGGUCGUCCGCUAUCAGCACAAGGGCGGCAAGCAUAUCGCCGCCUUCGACCUGGACGCUGCCGCCAGGGGCGACUUUGCGAACCCGCUCGUGAAUUUCCCGCAGCCCGUGCUGGAUAAGUUCAAGUCCAAGGUGUUCCAGGGGUAUGCGGCGCACGGGUCGUACUUGUAUAUCAUGACGGGUACCUCGUAUGAGGCCAGUGACGGGGAGGUGAAUUCUCAAGUGGCAAGUAUUGAUAUGAAUACAGGGAAGAUCGUGCAGGGCCCGACGCUGACGAAUGCUGGGUCGAGUCUGCCCUUCCGGGAACCGGAGGGCAUGGGGGUUUAUAAGACGAAGGCUGGUGAGGUGAGGUUCUUCUUGGGCUUUGCGACUGGGAAGAGAGGGGAUCGGAGAUCGAGUUUGUUUUAUAAAGAUGCACUGAUUUGA